UCCAGGUGUGGUUUCAAAACCGAAGAGCCAAGUGGCGAAAGAGGGAAAGAUUUGGUCAACUUCCGGUCCGGCCACCUGGUAUUAAUGGAAAUGCCUACGAUAUGCCAUUUACACCACGGCCAGAUGGUUACACACAGCAUCCCUGACGCGAUAGACGGAAUCAUGUAGCAAUACAUCCCUGACACGAUAGACGGAAUCAUGUAGCAAUACAUCCCUGACACGAUAGACGGGAUCAUGUACCAAUACAUCCCCGACACGAUAAACGGAAUCAUGUAGCAAUACAACCCCGACACGAUAGACGGAAUCAUGUAGCAAUACAUCCCUGACACGAUAGGCGGAAUCAUGUAGCAAUACAACCCUGACACGAUAGACGGAAUCAUGUAGCAAUACAUCCCUGACACGAUAGACGGAAUCAUGUAGCAAUACAUCCCUGACAUGAUAGACGGAAUUAUGUAGCAAUACAUUCCUGACACGAUAGACGGAAUCAUGUAGCAAUACAUCCGAACGCAAUCAUGUAGCAGUAUAUUCCCGACACGAUAGACGGAAUUAUGUAGCAAUACAUCCCUGACACGAUAGACGGAAUCAUGUAGCAAUACAUCCCUGACACAAUGGACGGAAUCAUGUAGCAAUACAUCCCUGACACGAUAGACGGAAUCAUGUAGCAAUACAUCCCUGACACGAUAAACGGAAUCAUGUAGCAAUAUAUCCGAAUGCAAUCAUGUAGCCAUAUAUUCCCGACACGAUAGACGGAAUCGGGUUAAACUUAGAGUUGACCCCACAAUAUGCACAUGCAAAAUGCACGGGAUAUAUUGUUUAUAUUGCAAAUCAUUGAGACACAUAUUCAUGUCUGUCCCUCGAUGUUUCUAUGGUUAUAGUAAUAAAAUGAUGUGAUAAUCUUUAUAA